UUGUUUAGAAUCUCAGUUCCGAAACUCAACUUCUCAGUGGUCCAGUUGUUUGUCCCAAUGAAAAUUCCGCACCAAUCAUCUCUUUUUAGCAGCCCUUCUCGUAUCCUUGCAUUACAUAUUACAUCACCGAUGCUACGACGUUAUCACGCAGGGGUAACAUGCAGAAUGACAGAGGUCUAAACAUUCAAGAUAAAGAAAGUAGGUUUAGAAACGUCCUUUAACAUAGUGGAAUUUUGGUUCAGCAGAUUAUCACCCCGCUACCCCUUUACAAAUUGUGGGUCCAUUACUUUCUCCUAGAGCUUAGCGAUGGCAUACUUCCUUCUUCACAAGUUAGCGAUUGCGCUACUAUUCUGGUCUUGUUCUUCCACUGCUGCGAAUCGUCUUGUGUUGCCUCCACCGCUCGGAGCGCAUCCCGUUGGCACAAGACGGGUUCAGGUCGUCGAUGGAAACCGGCUUGAUCCAUUUGCGCCUACAUGCCAGCACCGCGCACCGGUUCUCACACUCUGGUAUCCUCUCCAGAGCAACGAAUCUUUGAGUCCAGCUCCAUAUCUACCAGCAAAGACAGCAGCGGCUGAGAACCCUGUAUACGGAGUUCCAGAAGGGACUUUGGAGUCUGUCGUUACUCAAACUUUCAUCAAUGGAUCUGCGAUCUUCCCAUUAAUAACUAAUCGUACUUUGCCAGUCCUUGUCUUCUCGCCAGGCUCUCAGGGUCUGAGUGCUGAUUAUACAACAAUCCUAUCGUCCCUCGCCUCGCAUGGCUACUUGGUCAUCGGUGUCGACCAUCCGUAUGAUUCUUGGCCUCUAGAACGACCAAACGGGGAGCUUGUUAUUUUUGGAAAUACGACCGACAACAUCUCCUUUGCUUCAAUCGUUCGGCGCGACGACCUACUAUUCUUCGGGCGCCAGCUUGAGGUCUCGGAUAUCGCGGAGUGGCUUGAGACAUCGUCCCUUGACAAUGUUGAUACUCUCAGGCUUGGAGUUUUCGGUCACAGUUUGGGAGGCAAUGCCGCAAACCUCGCCAUGCAAGACGAAAGCUCGUCAUAUGUGGCUGGAGCGUCGCUUGAUGGGUCAUUCUUCUAUCCUGUGAACGUUACUGGCUUCUAUGGGCCAUCGCUCUAUAUCGCUGCAAGCGGCGCAGAAGCUCGUAUACAUGAUAUGCUGAUAGAGGAGUGGCCUCUGAUCAAAGGUUGGAAGUUGGCGAUUGAAACGAAUGCUUCCGUGCACAUGUCGUUCUCGGAUUUGGUUGUCUUGAAGCCCCAGCGUUCAGAAUGGGAUGAUGUGGACGUGGGUAGUAUUGGAGGGGAAAGAAUAACCAAGAUAUUGGUGGAUUACUUGAAAGCAUUCUGGGAGUGGACGUUGUUGGACAAAGAGCAGAGCGCGCUCUUGAGAAAGGAAUCGGCCGUAUAUCCUGAAGUUUCGUUCAUGGAGUUGGAGAGGGAAGGAACAAUUCGGGAUGGAUAUCUGAAAGUGCAGGCUCGUUCCUCUUCCUAGAAAGAAAGCAACACUUGGGUUUCCAUGAUUAGUAAACAUACCGACAUGAUAUAUUUCCCUGCGGUCUUUAGCAAAUAUUAAUUGAUUCAAUCAGCACAUGAGCAGAAUCCCACAUUCAAAAUCACGC